AAGAAGGGAACAGUCUUUAUAAAUACUACUCUGUGCUUGACAAUGGGAGACCAAUUGCAUUUUCCAGCAGUUACCAGCGCCUUGCUCCCUGUGGCCCUCUGCAUUUUGGCCCUUCUGCCCCACGGCCUUCUGGGAAAACGCGCAGAGGAGGAAUCUGCAGGCAGCUCAGCACUGCUGCAGAGGGUGAAGAGAGGCUGGGUGUGGAACCAGUUCUUUGUCCUGGAGGAGUACACUGGACUGGAACCACUUUAUAUCGGAAAGCUCCACUCAGACAUGGAUAAAGGCGACGGCUCCAUUAAGUACAUCCUGACGGGCGAGGGCGCGGGCACCACCUUCACCAUCGACGACAGCACGGGGGACAUCCACGCCAUUCAGAGGCUGGACCGGGAGGUGAAGGCCCAGUACGCUCUCCGUGCCCAGGCCCUCAACCGCCUGACGGACAGGCCUCUGGAGCCCGAGUCCGAGUUCAUCGUCAAGAUUCAGGACAUCAACGACAACGAGCCAAGGUUUCUGGAUGGGCCCUACCAGGCGUCUGUACCCGAAAUGUCCAACAUAGGAACAUCUGUGAUCCAGCUGACCGCCACAGAUGCCGAUGACCCCACGUAUGGCAACAGCGCUCGUGUGGUCUACAGCAUCCUGGAGGGCCAGCCUUACUUCUCAGUGGACGCCAAGACUGGCAUGGUCCGUGUGUCCCUGGCAGACAUGGACCGGGAGACCAGAGAAAACUACACUGUGGUCAUCCAGGCAAAGGACAUGGGCGGACAGCUGGGGGGGCUCGCUGGUACCACCACUGUCAACAUCACGCUCGGCGACGUCAAUGACAACCCGCCCAUGUUUGACCAGAGGCUGUAUCAGAUGAGCAUCCCAGAGUCGGCUCCGGUGGGUUCAGUGGUGGGUCGUAUCUGGGCGAAAGACAGGGACAUCGGGGUCAACGCUGAGAUGAAGUACAGCAUCAUCGAUGGAGAUGGGAGGGACACCUUUGAAAUCAGCACCGACCCCACCAACCUUUUCGGCAUCAUCACAGUGAAAAGGCCACUGAACUUUGAGAGCAAGCCCAGUUAUACUCUGAAGGUGGAGGGCGCCAACACCAAACUGGACCCGGCCUUCCGCCACCGCGGGCCCUUCCAGGACGUCACCAUUGUGCACGUGAGCGUGGAGGACGUGGACGAGCCCCCGCUGUUUGACUCGACGGCGUAUUUCAUCGAGCUGUCAGAGGACGCCGAGAUCGGGACGGUGGUGAAGACGGUGUCGGCGAGGGACCCGGACGCUGCCAACAACACUGUGAGGUAUUCCAUAGAGAGGUCCAGCGACCCCGACAAGUUCUUCUACAUCGAAAUCACUUCCGGGUCGCUGAUAACGGUGCGUUCGCUGGACCGAGAGGAGAUCGGCUGGCACAAUAUCACCGUCCUCGCCAUGGAGAUGAAUAACCCCACUCAGAUCUCAAGCGUGUCGGUGGCUGUGAGGGUCCUCGAUGUCAACGACAACCCCCCCUCGCUGACGCACUACUUGGAGGGUUAUGUGUGCGAAAACGCCAAAGCAGGACAGCUGAUCCAGACGGUGACGGCGGUGGAUCCGGAUGAGCCGCUGGGUGGACAACACUUCUACUACAGCUUGGCUCCGGAGGCCGCCAACAACCCCAACUUCACCCUGAGAGACAACCAAGACAACACAGCGUGGAUCCUGACGCGGCGAGGAGGCUGGGCGCAGCAGGACCAGACCGUCUUCUACUUGCCCAUCUUCGUGUCCGACGGCGAGCAGCCGGUGCAGACCAGCACCAGCACGCUGACCAUCCGCGUGUGCAGCUGCGACCACGAGGGCAACGUCAUGUCGUGCAACGCCGAGGCGUACAGCCUGCCCGCCAGCCUCAGCAGAAGGGCGCUCAUCGCCAUCCUGGCCUGCAUCUUCGUCCUGCUGGUGAUGAUCCUGCUCAUGCUCUCCCUGCGCACCCAUCGUAAGAAGCCCUACCUGUGUGACGAGGAGGAGAACGUCCACGAGAACAUUGUGCGUUACGACGACGAAGGCGGCGGCGAGGAGGACACCGAGGCCUUCGACAUCGCCGCCAUGUGGAACCCGCGCGAGUCGCACCAACACCUGGGCAAGAUGAGACAGGACAUGGUGCCGGAGAUCGAGAGCCUGUCGCGCUACGUGCCUCAGGCGUGCGUCAUGGGUGGCGGCAGCGGGGACAGUAACGUUCACGGAUACGUGCUGGCGAAGCUCCUGGACGCCGACAUGGACCCGUGCGCCCCGCCCUACGACUCCCUGCAGACCUACGCCUACGAGGGGGAGGGUUCGGUCGCAGAGUCGCUUAGCUCGCUCCAGUCGGGGGCGUCCAACACGGACCACGAGUACGACUAUCUCAACGACUGGGGGCCUCGCUUUAAAAAACUGGCCGAGAUGUACGGCGUGCUGGAGUCAAACGCUCCUCCGAUGUGGUAGGACACCAGAGCCUUUGCCUUUUUUUUUUUUAUCUGAGAACAAUUACGCCGACAAAAAGAGAGACACAAACAUCAGAGACAAAAAACGUGGCGCACAACGAAAGCCGCGGUGUGCUCGCGUCCACAUCCAUGACUAUUAGCACUUGAA